GUAACACAUUUCGUGAGAACCAACAUUUGGAUGAGGUAACUUGUGAGUAUAUAAACUGUCGUCAUCAUAGGCGUUGCAGCUCUGCACAAGAUUCAAAACUUCAGAAUGAAGGUCGCCGUUGUUUUCCUGUGUCUAUUCCCCCUUGUCUUCGGGGCACUGAUUGGAAACAUCCUUGACAGCGCUGAGCUGCACAAACUGGUGGAUGCUGUUGUCGAGAAGUACGGAAGUAACACUACCGAACAGCAGUGUGAGACUGAAUGCAAAGUUCUAUUUACCAACGACAUCCUCGACCUCGGCUGCGACUUCGCCUGCAGGGGAAUCCAGACUCUUAUCAUCAAGCUCCACAGUCGAUAGAGGAGGUUCUAGAAAUUGCUUUAAUGUAGACUCGUGAAAUAAAAUGAUAAACUAGUGUUA